GAACUUGCUUCUAGGUUAUUUAGAAAUGCAUUGUUAUCACCAAAAAAGAAAACUAUCUCCAUUUCAAUGAAGAAUACUUUGUUAUUGAAUCCAUCGUCUGAUCCUGAUUCACCAAAUCAUGCAUUUAUUGAAAAUAUAGUUCCUUUCCUACAUCAAUUAUCUAAAAUAUAUGUUAUUCAUCUCAUUUGUCCGGUAUCAAGUGAACAAGAGAAACAACAAAUUCUUGGUCGUCUUCUUAAUUCAAAAUUAUUUAGUUCAAAAGUUAUUGACGAAAGAAGAGUUUUGUUUUGUGAAAGUGAUCAAGGAAAGAUUCAUAUUAUUCGAAAAUGUACAUGUUGAAGGUGGAAUAAAUGGCGAAGUUGUUGUUGAAAUGAUCAGAGGAUUUGUUGGUAAUGUACUUUGGGCAAAUAAGAGGUGGUAAUAGUGAACCGAUAAAUUGGGCAGAAACUGGUGAAGUUAAGGCAAACGUUGAUAGAAGUCAAUGGUCAAACGUUCAAGUUUGUGGACAAGCAGUUUGAACUUUGAAAUUACUUGUAGAUUAGUAUCUUUAGUAUCUGUAAAUUAUGUGAAAUAUAGUAUGAUAAAUUAGCAAUUUUUUAUACAUAAAUAAUAUAAGUGCAAAUAUUGUAAUAAAAAACAAACAAUCAA